CAUGUACUGUUCAAUCAAAGACUAAAAUGGAUAUUCUCAAUCCAAUCAACCCUGCAAAAUGACAAACAUCCCUUUCACUGUGUGCCGCGUGAUGGAUGAGCGGCGGGGUGUCCCCUUGACCUCUGACGUGGUUCACCAUGCCUGAGAUACUGGACCAAUGUUUGUCAAGUGAGAUGAUAUGACCGGUCAACUUCUCUCAAAGGUUGGAGUUCUAUCCGAAGAAGUUGGCCGGUCACUCCUGGAGUCCAAGGACCAGGUCUCCGAACUUACCCUCCUUCUUGAUUCUGCCAAGUUGGAGAUCAAUGACCGGGCCGAGAGGGAGAAGAGACUUGAAGAGGAGCUGAAGGAAGAGAGGGCCAGGCUAGACGAGGAAAGAGCCAACCUGGUGGAGGCGAAGAGGAAGUUGGUAGAGCUGGAGGAUGCCUUGGCCCAAGCUGAAGAGACUGCCCGGUCAAAGGAGCAAUCCUUUCCUGAUGAUGCUGCACGAUGGGCGGCCGAGCAUCAUGUCGAGACUGCCCGGUCCAUUCUAGUUGGGCCAGAGGAGACAAUGGCCUUCUUCAAGACCAUGUACAAGGAGCCGGAGGGCAAAAAGAUGAUAACCGAUAUCGGUUCAUAUGGUUUCCAAUGCGGUCAGAAAGAUGAGAGGUCACUCCUCUACUCCAGGCUUCAGAAAAGGGACCCUUCCUUUGACCCGGCCAAAGUGAAGCUCCCGGCCUUGUAUACGGAAGAGCCAGCUCCCCCUUUCCCUUUGCAGUAGGUUAGGGUAGAUAAUUUUAAAAAACUUUGAAUUUUCCCAAGGCCUGGGGGAUGUCCGGCCUACUUCUGACUUGUUUAAUAUUGUCUUUUGUUUGGCAUGGUUUUCAAUUUACCGGCUUGUCUUCUUUCAGUUUGUAUGGUUGUCCUUUUCUAUGCAUGGUUAUUGCUUUUCUUUUCUUCUUCUUGAUCGCCUUUGAAUGAACUUCCAAGUCAAUA